UGUGAUUCUCUAAGUAAUUUAUUGCAGAAAAUUAGCAGCUACAAUGCCAUUAAUUUUUCUUGGUUGCUUGCUUCUUGGGCUUUGUGAUUUAAUAAUUUUAUUUAUUUAAAUUUAUCAAUGAAGUGUAAUUACUAUUCACAACUGUAUUUACAAAUCUGGUGUUUGCCCUUUUGUCCUUUCUGUGUUUCUAUGUGUUCAAAAUUUUGGUUUUACUAUUUAACAAAAAUUCAAGAUUUACCAUUUUGUUUUUGCACACUAAUUUUCACUGUUCACUAACUUCUCUCUCUCUCUCUCUCUCUCUCUCUCUCUCUCUCUCUCUCUCUUUACUCUCUCUCUCUCUAGAAUGUUUGAUGCAGAAAAUAGAGAAAUGAUGGUUGAACAGUCAUCUUCUGGUUAUCAUCCAUAUCCAUCUCCAUUAGCAACAUAUGAUAAUGUAGUUGCUUCUUCUCAAAUAUUCAUGGAUACUUUGAAGAAGCUCCAUCUUUCUAUGGGUACUAAAUUCAUGAAUCCGAUCGUGGGGGGCCGGGAUUUGGACUUGCAUCGUCUCUUUGUCGAAGUUACGUCACGUGGUGGCAUUACAAAGGUUUUGAAGGAUCGAAGAUGGAGAGAAGUUACUGCAGUGUUCAACUUCCCCUCGUCAGCUACAAACGCUUCGUUCAUACUGCGCAAGUAUUACGUUUCGCUGCUUUAUCACUACGAACAAAUUUACUUCUUUAACGCCAAAUGUUGGACUCGUUCGCCUACCGAUGCUAUAGCGACAGUGACAGCACCUCCGAAUGAAUACGUGGCGCAACAAAUCAACACAGCCUCACCACAACCGAAUGUGAAUACUUCAACUUCAAUACCCAAAGAAUCAUCGUCAUCCGGUACUCGAGUUUGUGGAGUGAUCGACGGAAAAUUCGACGGUGGAUAUCUAAUCACCGUCAAAAUCGGCACGGAAGAGUUCAAAGGCGUUCUAUACCAAAUCCCGGAAAACGAAAACCGCCAAGGCGAAGAAUCAAUCAAACCAUCAAUGAACAACUAUGCUUCAUCUUCGCCUUCACCGCUACAAUUAGGACAACAACCUCGCAGAAAGCGUAGGAAAAAGUGCGAGAUCAGAAAGCGGGACCCGGCCCACCCGAAGCCCAACCGAAGCGGCUACAAUUUCUUCUUCGCCGAGCAGCAUGCACGGCUCAAACCGCUCUACCAUGGGAAAGAUAGAGAGAUUAGUCGGAUUAUCGGAGAAUCUUGGAACAAACUUCAAGAACCUGAUAGAUCGGUUUAUCAGGAGAAAGCUCUUAAAGACAAGGAGAGAUACAAGAUGGAAAUGGAGGGGUACCGCGAAAGAUUGAGAAUCGGUCAAACGAUACCAUGUGUGGGUCCCGUGGGGCCCACACAACAACAACGGCCUCCUCAGGUUCCGAUCAAUUUGACGGAUCUUAAUAUGAUUAAUAUUCAAUCCGAAGGAGGUGGCGGGCCCGCCUCUGCCGCCUACACGGAGGAAAACGAGACGAGUUCCGACGAGAGUGGAGGAGAUAAGGAGGACUACGAUAAUAAUUUCGGCGAAUACUCGAACGAAUUGAAGAAUGUGAAUAUCGAGGUUAUGGGCGACGAAGCAUUCGAUUUGCAGACAAGACAGCCGAAUGAGCGUAUUGACAUUAAUGAUGAUCCUGCCCUUGGUGAUAGUAACCGAGACGGAGUGUCGGUUACGAUUGAAGAGAAGGUGGAACGAAUGCCGAGUAAUGUCGAUGAAUUAUCUGUUCCAAACUUGUGAUUUUUU